UUGGGUCUGGACCUUCUGAACUGCAAGGGCAGGUUUUGUUCAAGAGGGAGGGACAAGUAUUGCUUGAGCACCUUCUCCCACAGCCAGAGGGAUUUGUCUCUUCUUGGGGAUGUUGCCUCAUCCCAACUUGGGCAUCUCCAGAGAGGAUGAGGGAAGUGGCCCCUCCCAACUCCUCUGAUUUUUCUCACUCCUUUUCCAGCUGCAGAAGACGGGGUUAUGAGAUCCACCUGGCAGGGGAAGGGCAGUCGCAGCCCACUCCAGGCCCUGUAUGAGAGUGACCAGUUUGAGCAGUCAUCACUGCAGGCAGUUCACCAGCAGAGACGGGAGCUGUUGAGUAACAUCUGCAACCGUUACACCCGCAAGCGGCGUCUCCUGCGGCCGGAUGACUUGCGGCACUUGGUGGUGGAUGACACCCAUGGGCUGCUCUACUGCUACGUGCCCAAGGUGGCCUGCACUAACUGGAAGCGGGUGAUGAUGGUCCUGACGGGGCAAGGCAAGUACCAGGACCCACUGGAAAUCCCCGCCAACGAGGCCCAUGUCUCCUCCAACCUGCGCACCCUCUCUGAGUACAGCAUCCCCGAGAUCAACCACCGCCUGCGCAGCUACCUCAAGUUCAUCUUCGUGCGGGAGCCCUUCGAGCGGCUGGUCUCGGCGUACCGCAACAAGUUCACCCGCAGCUACAACACGGCCUUCCACAAGCGCUACGGGACCAAGAUCAUCCGGCGGCACCGGCAGGAGCCCAGCGACAAGGCCCUGGAGCGCGGGGACGACGUGCGCUUUGAGGAGUUUGUCUACUACCUGCUGGAUCCCCGGACGCAGCGGGAGGAGCCCUUCAACGAGCACUGGGAGCGGGUGCACUCGCUCUGCCACCCCUGCAUCGUCCACUACGAUGUGGUGGGCAAAUACGAGACCUUGGCCGAAGAUGCCAACUACAUCCUGCAGCUGGUUGGGGCCGACGCGAGCGUCAAGUUCCCAUCUUCAUCCAAGACCACCAGGACAACAGAUGACAUGACGGCUCAGUUCUUCCAGGACAUUAGCCCUUUCUACCAAAGGAGACUCUUUAAUUUAUACAAAAUGGACUACUUGCUCUUCAAUUACUCCAUCCCCUCCUACCUCCGCAUCCGAUGAGGCAGGGGCUGGGGGGAGAGGUGAGGGAGAGCUGGGUAACUCUCAUCUUGCCGCAAUUCCUCUCCUCCCACCCUGUGCUCAUCUCUCAGUUGACUCCUCCCCCGUGCCCUCGCCAUUAGGGUCUGUUCCACAACCUGAUGCCUUGUUCACGCAUGGUCUGGAGGGAGGACACCUCUCAAAACACCGGGGCUGGAGCUUUUCCUUCCCUUUCCCUCCACCCUUCAACAUCUCCAGGGGAUGGUGGUGGGACCAGACACUGCUGGGUGGGAGGGCUUGUCUUGGCUGGGGACUUUCUUUUCACUAAGAGACUCCUGUGUAGAUCCAAGUUGUGGGAAGGCUCUUUUUUUGGGCAGGAUCCCUUCAGGUCUUUCUCCUCCUUACUGGGCUGUUUGGGGUGGACAUGGCGUCUUGGGGGCCAGGGUGGAGUGUGUCAGAGACUUGCAUAGAACCAGAAAUAAAGCAAUAAUUUAAUGUAAGUUUUCCCUUUUGUUGAAAAUUGCUCCCACCUUUUCUUUCCGCCGUUUUCUCCUCCGUCCUCCCGCGGUGUCCCCCAUUGCUGGGGAAGGCAGUGGUGUGCUACUGUGACUACAUAUUUCUGCCUUGAUAAAGCCUGGAGGGCUUUUUCGUUCCUUUCAUUCCACGUGCCCUCGGCUGGGAUGCAAAAUACUCCAAAGAGAAAGAAAGGAGCAGGUUUGCAGCAGGUAUGGGCUGAUAGAGACACGGCGCUUUCUCCUGAACUGCAGCAGCGGAGCACUCAGUGCCGGUGUGCGUGUGUGUCUCUGGGUUUCUGGUCAAAUCCAAUAAAUCCAGGCCCCACACCUCCUGUUUUUUUAGGAGCAGGUGGUAAGUGUUUUGCAAAGCCAUACGUACAGCUGGGGGGGCAAGGGGUCUGCUCAUGCUCACAUCGCAGUGUCCUGCCCAUGGACCUGCUGGCUUCUUGUCCCCUGGCACUGUGGGCUCCUGCUUGGGGUGGCCACAUUGCCCCCGGGGGAUGGAGAAGGUUGCUGGGACAGGUUUGAGUUAUAAAGUGCUCCAGGGGGCUGGGAUGGGGGGGAUGGUUCUGGUCGUGAAAAGGUGGCGCUGGGCUGCGAAGGACAGAGAAGAAGAAUGUGUGUCUGUGUGUGUGUCUGUCUCUGUGUGUCUGUCUGUGUGUAAAAAUUGAGAAUAAAAAUGGGGACAGAGACACCUAGAGGAAGAUUCCCCUUUGCCUGGCUGGCUUUGGACAAUUCAUUCCUUGACGAAAAAAAGGGGGAGGAGGGCGCAAAACACAAAAGAAAAUGACAAACCCAGUCCUAGGAUUUUAAAUUAAAACCAGUCGAAGGAGCUGUAUUUCUUUAAAACCAUAUUUCAGUCUUUCCUCUUUUCUGUUCAGCUUUGAGUCAGUGGCUGCCUUUGUAAAUAAACACGUUGGUAAUAGAAUUUGCUGUGGAGUGUGUCUGCUGGCUCGGCUGCAAGCACUUGACUUAUUAGUGCAAUACAAUGGGAGGUUUUAUAAAACCCCAGUGCUCUCAGGCUCUUUUAAAAAAUAAUGUUUUCAUCUAAAAGCUUUCAGCUGUUUUAUCUUAACCUCUUUCCUCUCUGCCUCUCAUUGGCAUCUAUACGCUGACACUCCCUCCUUGGUUGCUCAGUUUGGAGAUGAGGUUUAGCAAAGCAAUGAAAACGAACAGUAAAUAAAAUUGCUGGUGAUCCUGGCAGUCUGACUGAUUCUCCCAAUCUGGACUGGAGAUCUCAUGAAAACGGCCUUUCUUGUGCUAUCUUAGUAUCUCCCCGUCUAGCUGAAACUCAAAGCACAAAACCAGAUGAUAUGAUGAAACAAAUUUCAUCCGCAGCGUUCGGGCUUGGAGUGCAUUCCUCCUGCUUUCUCAGGAGUCUCGCGUUCCCUGCUUCACGCUGCCUCUGCCUGGAAAAAAAUCAUUGUUCAAGUCACCACAAGCUCUUUUCAUUGCUUUUGGUCAUGAAUCAUAAUUUGGGGUCAGAUUCAGAGUCACAAAUGGAUGGAUUUUUGGAUGGAUUUCUUUAACACUGAUCCCUGCAGGUGGUUUUCAAGCUGAUGGCACAGACAGAGCAUGGCAAGGACAGACACACAGACUCUGUCCCCGUGGUGCUGCCUGUGGGUGCUGAGGCGAUACUGGGCUGGCUGGGAGCCUUUUGGGGCUCUUUCUGGUGUGAAAGCAAGGGAAGGGCUGACCCAUCGCCCCAGACAGCACCAAAGCCACGCAAGUGGGGAGCAAAUGCAGCCCCCAGGCCUCAGCCAUGGGCUGCAAAGGGCAAUAAAUACCCUGCUGAGACUUGGCUUGUGCCAGGGCCAUGCAUCUAUGUGGAAAUACCCACCUUCGAGCUUUUUCUUAAAAAA